CCUGAAGCCCAAGCGAGCGAGCGAGCGCCAAUCACAUCGAAGGAGCCGAGAGAGAAAUCCCCAAAUCGCCUCCUCCUCCUCAUCGUCUCCUGCUUCGUACCGAUCGAUCGAUCCCCGUAUCAAACCCCACGCCGGUUGGCGCGGAAAGCAGGAGAGGAGAAGAGCCCCAGCCGGAGAUUGAUUUGAGCCUCGGCGGCGAAUCCCAGUUUUACGAGGAUAAGAAGAUAGAUAAAGAAUGGCUGCACAAGACACUCCCAUGACCUCUGAGGAUGACUAUGAGACUCAACAGAAGAAGCAAGCUGCUGCAGAUGUUCUUUUCCACUAUUCGCAGUUUGUUAUGGUGUGCAUUGGCGAGGGAGUUCGCCCAACUGAUCUCAGGUUGCACCUUAUGAAGGAAGUUUCAGGGAUGCGCACUUGUUUGAAGGAAGAGCCACAGCAGGCAGCUGCCUCCCCGGUUUCUAGCGGCGAGCCAUCAUCCUCUGGGACAAUGAAAGAAGACAGGAAUGACGUCCCCUAAGCUUUCAACUGCAUCUUGAUUCUUGCAGCGAGAUGAGAGGAACUCACAGGAUGACAGGCACUGAUCUGUAAUGAUAGAGAUGUAAAUAAGUUGGCAUGCUUGCUAUGAGCACUGGUUUGAGUUUACGAUGUAGAAGUUUCCUGAGUGAUGGUAAUAGCUUUUCUGUACUCUAUGUCUUCUGUUCAACCUGGUUAAUUGGAGAGUUUGUGCUUUACACUUGGCUAUCUAUGUCUCGAGCUUGUUCAAUCACCA